AAGCUUACUCUUAGAUAUUAUUUGUUCAAAUAUUUCAUCAAGCUAUAAACAAAAUUGAUAAGACUAACAAAAACUGGAAAUCAACGGUAAUCUGCAUCUGCAUUAUAAUCCCUAUUAUUCACAAGAUAAAUCUUAUUGGUAAAUGAGAAUUAGUUAUGAGAGUACUAGCAAAAGUUUGGCUGUUUAAGUUACACACCCCUAACAAAUUCUCAGUUUUUACUAGGACAAUGGCUGAAUCAUCUUCGAGCUUCUUAGUGAAUGAUAAAAAAUAUUCGUUUUUGCAAGAAUUAGGCCUGAAAGAGCGAAAUUCUGGAGUUUUUGAUGGCACUUGGAAAGGAUCAGGAAAGGUGGUUCAAUCGAUUUGUCCUAGCAAUGGGAGGGUGAUAGCUGAGGUUCAAGAAGGAAGCACAUCAGACUACGAAUCUUGCGUGAAGGCAUCUCAACUAGCUUGGGCCACGUGGGCCGAACUACCGGCUCCUAGAAGAGGAGAAAUCGUGAGGCAGAUAGGGGACGCCUUGAGAAAGAAAUUGGUUCCCUUGGGACAACUGGUAUCCAUUGAAAUGGGAAAAAUCCUUCCCGAAGGCAUAGGAGAAGUCCAGGAAUAUAUUGACAUUUGUGACUACGCCGUAGGCAUAUCUAGAUCUCUGGCUGGGUCAAUUUUCCCUUCGGAAAGACCCGGUCACAUACUUCUGGAAAAAUGGAACCCACUGGGCCUUAUCGGAGUUAUUUCUGCAUUCAACUUCCCUAUUGCUGUCUAUGGAUGGAACAGUGCCAUUGCAAUGGUGUGUGGAGACACAAUUCUAUGGAAGGGUGCUGAAACAACUCCCCUAGUAUCUGUAGCAACUACUAAAAUUGUGGCCGAGGUUUUGCAAAGGAAUAACCUGCCUGGGGCUGUAGCAGCUCUGUGCUGUGGAGGAUCAGAUAUCGGAAAGAGCAUGGCCAGCGAUCAAAGAAUCAAACUAUUAUCUUUCACCGGAAGCACUAGAGUUGGACAAAUGGUGGGUGUGGAGGUCCAAAAGAGAUUUGGAAAACACCUGCUGGAACUGGGUGGUAACAAUGCCCUUAUAGUAGCCGAAGAUGCAGAUUUGAACAUGGUGGUCCAAGCUACUGUAUUCGCUUGCGUCGGAACUGCAGGACAAAGAUGUACGACUACUAGAAGACUGAUCCUUCAUAAAAACGUUUAUGAAGAAGUUUUGGAGAGACUGAAAAAGGCUUAUAAGCAAGUUUUGAACAGGAUUGGAGAUGCUUUGGAAGAAAAUACGCUAGUGGGGCCUCUUCAUAGCAAGCUGGCUUUGGAAGAAUACAAGAAAACAAUAUCAGAGAUACAGAAACAGGGUGGAACCAUUGAAUUCGGAGGAAAGGUAUUGAAUAGGCCAGGUUUUUUCGUAGAACCAACCAUAGUAUCAGGUUUGCCACACGACAGUCCUUUAGUCCACAAUGAAUGUUUUGCACCGAUAGUCUACGUACUUAAAACUGAUAGUGUCCAAGACGCCAUAUCGUGGAACAAUGAAGUGCCUCAAGGACUGUCAUCUAGCCUUUUCUCCCAAAACUUGGAAAAUAUUUUCAAGUGGAUAGGUCCUAACGGUUCGGAUUGCGGCAUCGUGAACGUCAACAUACCCACCUCGGGGGCUGAAAUCGGGGGCGCGUUUGGGGGAGAGAAGGCCACAGGGGGCGGCAGAGAAUCCGGAAGUGACGCUUGGAAGCAGUACAUGAGGCGGUCGACGAUAACAAUAAAUCAUUCGAAAGAUUUGCCGCUAGCACAAGGCAUCAAAUUCGAGUGAAAGAUCCAUAUUUUUCAAAAUAAAAACUUUUUUCUACUGCUAUGA